AUGUGGGUGCUGCCUGUUCUCGCUUUCCAGCCUGCUCCACGCGCGUCGUGUGCGGCCGUCGCUUCCGUCCCGCUUCCGUUCCGCGGUGGCGUCGUGCUCGCUCGUUCGCUGCCGCUGGAAGUGGAGGAGGUCGUUGCCGCAGCCUUCCGGAAGCAGUAUCCGCCAGCCAAGAUUGCCGCGCUGUGGACAGAGCUAAAGGCGUGCUUUGGGAGCGAAGAACUGGCACUUCAGGCGGUGCGCGAGAAUCCGCAGAUCAUCAACCCGUCCUAUACCGACCCGCCAAAGCUGCUCGCCCGCUCGAAAUCAUGUCUCGUUGAGAUCAUGUCAGAGGAGGAGGCGAUCGAGGUGAUGCUGAAGAACCCAGCGGUGCUGCAGUGUGGGCUCAGCCUCCGCUCGACACAGGCAGACGAGAUCAAGAGCUUCGCCAACUUGAGGUAUUACGGCGGCCGACUCGUUCCAAAUCCAACGGCUGCCCUCGCUGUCGUCGUAGCUGCGCUGUUCUACGUGGUAGCGGGCAGCUAUGUCGGGGACGUUGCCGCUCUCGACACGAUCAAGCCCGUGCUGGGAUUUGUCGGGGCCGGUCUGUUCGGAGCAACCCUGUACGGUGUGGCCAGCUCGAGCCGCAGAAAGUCCUGA